AAAAUAUGAUUUCUGAUCGCCCAAAAUUCAAACUAUUUCAUCGAAGGAGUCGGAGUUAACUACCCUGUUCAGCUGACCUGUUCUAUCAUGGCAACGUUACUGAGGAGGGUCUGGGAAUCCAUAUCUUGUCGUUCCAACUCGAAUUGGAAUUCAUCUGGAACAGAAUGGCCAAUCGUCGUUGAAUCAUCUACCGGCGCCUUUGAUCAGAUACCUUCCGAUAUCUUCAUUCAAAUUCUCAAAUUUCUCGGGCCCAAGGAAGCUGCCCGACUAAGCCUUGUAUGCAAAUCAUGGAAAUUACUUGUUUCCGAUAAUCGUCUUUGGAUUUUCUUCCUUCAGAAUCAACAGGAAUCAUGGGAUGCGAUUGUGUUCGCUGAAACGAAUUUGAGAUCCGGCUACCCUCCUAAGACAUUUUGCCAUCAAUUGACUCAAAUAUCUUUUAUGAAUGUUUAUGCUCAACGUGCAAAAGUAACUGGUUCUGUUAUCAUUGAUGGUGAGUUUCUGCUACUUUACCUUUGUAAACUUGAUCAUUAUCUAGGAGAAAUGAUCCAGUUCUACUUUUCUAUUAGUUUAUUUCGUGGAUACAUUGAUUCAACAUGGUCAUCUUUGUUACUAGUCUGUUGUUUUUUGAAGUAUAAAGUUCAAGUAACUAUGUAG